AUGCCUUCUGACCCUUCUAACACCGAGCCCAGUUCAAGGAAACCGUUUAUAUCCCGAUACGGGUGGCUCGUACCGUCCCAAAUCGACGUUAAUUCGUUUAUAGAAGCUGCUGUCACGUCUCCACGCCUCGGGGUACUCAACAACAAUCCCUUCCCCAUUCCCUCCGAGGCACGUGUCGCGAUCUUUCGGAAUUUUGUAAUGAGCGAUAUAAUGUCUCGAGAAGGUUAG